CACGUCUUCCCUUAUUAUCCAAUAAACAGGGUUGUUUUUAUUGGAUAAUGAAUUAUCAUAAUAUCCGAAUUCCAAUGUUGUGGAAGAAACACUAUAUAAAGGUGAAGAAUAUACAUUUACAAUCCCAAUAAGAAUAAAGAAAACAGAAAAAGUGAUACAUUAGUUAUCAUGGCUUCCAAAAUAUCAGCAUUUUUUGGUUGUCAUGUUUUAAUUGGAUUAUUGUUGUUGAAUCUUGUUUCUGCCAAUGAAGGCACCAAAAUCGAAGUAUUUGAGUUGGUGAGGGGCAAUUUUUCUGUCAAGGUCACCAACUAUGGUGCAACCAUUCUUUCUGUCAUCCUUCCUGAUAAAAAUGGGAAGUUGGAUGAUGUAGUUCUUGGAUACGAUACGGUGGAUGAGUACAAGACAGAUUCGACCUAUUUUGGUGCUCUCAUUGGCCGUGUCGCCAAUAGAAUUGGCGGCGCGAAAUUCAAGCUGAAUGGUGUCGAAUAUAAGUUACCGGCUAAUGAUCAUGGAAACACACUUCAUGGUGGCCCGAAAGGAUUUGAUAGUGUUAUAUGGAAGGUGACAUCCUAUCAAAAAGAUAGUCAUAUUUCUCUCCAUUAUCGUAGCCAGGAUGGAGAACAAGGUUUUCCAGGUGAAGUUGAUGUCUCUGUUCACUACAUGUUUGUUGGAUCAAAAACAAAAUCGAACAGAUUGGCUAUCAGAAUGGAAGCAACUCCUCUAGACAAAGCCACGCCAAUCAAUUUGGCCACCCACAGUUAUUGGAACCUUGCAGGCCAUAACAGUGGUGAUAUCCUCUCGCAUAACAUCCAGAUCUUCGCAUCCAAUAUCACCCCGGUUGAUAAAAACUUGAUCCCUACAGGUCAAAUCACUCCUGUAACAGGAACAGCAUAUGAUUUCCUCAAGUCCAGGGCAAUCGGGAGCAGGUUCAAUGAGAUUCCAGGCGGUUAUGAUAUCAAUUACGUGGUUGAUAACUACAAACAAAAUGGGCAGCUGAGCAGGAUCGUUCUCUUGCAAGACACUAAAUCAGGCCGGAAAAUGGAACUCUGGAGUAACAAACCUGGAUUGCAAUUUUACACAAGCAACAUGUUCGACAAUCUCAAAGGGAAAAACGGUACUACAUACCAUAAACAUGCUGCACUUUGCCUGGAGACUCAAGGGUUCCCUGAUUCUGUGAAUCAUCCGAACUUUCCUUCCCAAAUUGUCAAUCCAGGACAAAAGUAUGAUCAUAUGAUGAUUUACAAGUUCACAACUCGUUAAUGUGGGCCUCAUGUUCUACCUAGUUUCUUCAUGUACAUUACAUUCUUCCCUUUUGUAUCACCCGUUUUGUUUUGUGUAUAUAUGGUCUCUCUGGAAAAAGAGACCUCACAGGCUUACAUCGCCUGGUUUAAUUACUGAAGCAUAAUCAAGCUCUUUCUUCUGAGUAACUAAUUGCUGUAACGGGCACAGAAUAGUUUGCCCUUCCUCAUUUAACAGUUGAAUGCUUGCUUUUCUUUCUUUCUUGUUUUAGACUUUUAGGAGUCUCUUCACUCAAUUCUUGGCUAUCAUUCACUAUAAUCAACUAAAGGCAAUAUUGCUC